UUUAAUUGUCUUUAGCCAAGGGGCGGGCCCUACUGUCCGCUCCACUUCUUGUGACUCGUGUGUGCAUAAAGACACUCAGUACAGAGGAAUGGUGACAGCUGAGAGAGAGGAACACUAUACAUAGUUGCAGCCAUGAAGGAAAUCAUGGCACAAAAGGAGAAACUUCAAUGUCUGAAGGACUUUCAUAAGGACACCACCAAACCUUCUCCAGGGAAGAGCCCGGGCACCAGGCCUGAAGAUGAGGCUGAAGGAAAGGCCCCUCAGAGGGAGAAGUGGGCCAGUAAGCUCGACUUCGUCCUGUCUGUGGCCGGAGGCUUUGUUGGAUUAGGAAACGUCUGGCGCUUCCCUUAUCUUUGCUAUAAAAAUGGUGGAGGUGCAUUCCUCAUCCCUUACUUCAUCUUCCUGUUUGGGGGUGGGCUGCCUGUCUUCUUCCUGGAAGUUGCACUGGGGCAGUACACCUCUGAAGGAGGGAUCACCUGCUGGGCCAAACUCUGCCCCAUAUUCACUGGUAUCGGCUAUGCAUCUAUCGUGAUCGUAUCUCUUCUGAACGUCUACUACAUCGUGAUCUUGGCUUGGGGACUCUACUACCUCUUUCAGUGCUUUCAGCCUGAGCUCCCUUGGGCAAAAUGCAAUCAGCCCUGGAACACAGACCGCUGCAUAGAGGACACAGUUCGCAAGAACAAGACCCUCUGGCUGGCAGCCAAUAUUACCAACUUUACCUCCCCUGUCACAGAAUUCUGGGAACGCAAUGUCCUGAGUAUCUCCACUGGGAUUGAAGACAUAGGGCCCCUGAAGUGGGACUUGGCUGUGUGUCUCCUGGCAGUAUGGGUUAUCUGCUUCUUCUGUAUCUGGAAAGGAGUCAAGUCUACUGGGAAAGUGGUGUACAUAACAGCAACUUUCCCAUUUGUGAUGCUCAUCAUACUACUGGUGCGUGGUGUGACCCUGCCUGGUGCAUCUGAGGGGAUCAAAUUUUACCUGUACCCUAACCUAACCCGACUCCAAGACCCAGAGGUGUGGAUUGAUGCAGGAACACAGAUUUUCUUCUCCUAUGCCAUUUGCCUGGGCGCCAUGACAUCUCUGGGGAGCUACAACAAAUACAAAUACAACUGCUACAGGGACUGUUUGCUGCUGGGAGGCCUCAACAGCGGUACCAGUUUUGUGUCUGGCUUCGCAAUAUUUUCCGUCCUGGGCUUCAUGGCACAAGAACAAGGGGUGGACAUUGCCGAUGUGGCAGAGUCAGGUCCUGGCUUGGCCUUCAUUGCGUACCCCAAAGCUGUGUCCAUGAUGCCGCUGCCAACCCUCUGGGCCAUCCUCUUCUUCAUCAUGCUGCUGCUUCUGGGCCUCGACAGCCAGUUUGUUGAAGUGGAAGGACAGAUCACGUCUAUUGUGGAUCUUUAUCCAGCUGUCCUCAGGAAGGGUUAUCGCAGAGAAAUCUUCAUAGCAGUGAUGUGUUCCAUUAGCUAUAUCCUGGGACUCGCCAUGGUUACGAAAGGUGGCAUGUAUGUGUUCCAGCUCUUUGACUACUAUGCAGCCAGUGGUGUGUGCCUUUUGUGGGUUGCGUUCUUCGAAUGUAUUGCUGUAGCCUGGGUUUAUGGAGCUGACAAUUUUUAUGACGCAGUUGAGGAUAUGAUUGGCUACAGACCAAACCCAUGGAUGAAAUGGAGCUGGACCAUAAUCACUCCUGUCCUCUGCAUGGGCUGCUUUGUCUUCUCCUUGGUGAAGUACAAGCCCUUGACCUAUAACAAGGUUUAUGAGUACCCUGACUGGGCCAUUGGCCUGGGCUGGUGUUUGGCCAUGACCUCCAUGAUCUGCAUCCCCAUGGUGAUGGUCAUUAAGAUCUUGCAAUCUGAGGGACCUCUGAUUGAGAGGAUCAAAGCAGUGGCAGCACCAGCAAAGUCAGGCGUUAGCUCUCGGCCGAAAGAGUACACUCUGAAGUGCAGCGAACUGACACAGCCCCUGGACCCAAAUGGGAACAAUGGCUUGAUCAAGCCCACCCACACCGUUGUGGAAACAACGAUGUGAGCGCUCUCUGUGAGAGGAAUAAGAUUGAUGUGCUUUCUGUGUUAUCAUAUUUGCUAACUUUCAUAAGGGUAGGUUUACAUUGUUCAACAUAUUCAUAUUAGAAUUACUUGGGUUUGAUUUAUAUUAAGAUAUAUAUAUUAUUGUUGUAAUUUCUUCCCUCUGUAAUUUUUUCUUUUUUCAUUUUUUACUUUAUUGAUAUUAUUAAUGUUACAAUUGUUGUUGCUGUAGUUGGCACUGAUCUCAAUUUAGGCAGUAUUUUAAGAUAGAAAUAUUUAAUAUUUACUACCUUUCUGUUGAUUCUGGAGAGAAGAGGCAUUUGCUAUACGUGUGUGUGGUAGGAGAGAAGAGGAAAUACUCACUUCUUACAAAUUCAGUUUAAGAAAAUUGGUUAUGACCUGUGAAACAAGAUAUAGAAUAUCCAAACAGCCUCAUAUAGUCUUGUCGCCCAGUUAACCACUAAAUUCUUCUUGUUGUUUUUUAUGUCACAGUGACAGUCAGUGACAUAUCUCAGAGUACAUAUCCCAUUCGACAUAAUAAUAGUUCAUCUUGCUUGACAUCAUUUUAAGUUACAUGUUGAAGAAGGCCUUGGCCAAAUACUGAGAAAUGCAUUCAAAUAUCCAUCCUGAAAAAUAAAAACAAUUUGGACAAAAUAAUAAAAGAGAAAGACAACUAAGAAAGGAAAAGUAAGGAGAAAAGGGAAGUGGCAUAUUUAGAGUAUUUGUACACUGCCUGUGUGACUAUUAUAGUCAGCCCCAGUGCAUUUAUUGAAACCUCUCUUUGCACUUUAUCAGUCGUUUCACCUUUAUCGUAGUAUUUGUUUUCAUUGUGCAAGGUAUUGCACUUACAUUUGCAGGACGUCAGAAGGAAAUAUUUUUAGAUGCUAACUUUUUGAUAUAGUGAACUUCGAUACAUAUAAUCUACUUAUAAUGCAAAGGUUAAAAGGGUUUAAGUAGAUCUAUGACAUCUUGUAUUCUGGUUUAUAACUAUUAGUGGGAUCGGGGAGAACAUCAACUCAAAAAGUUACUUUUGUUUUAUUUUCUAGACAACCUGACUGCUCUCUCCAUUAUGCUCAUUUCAAUAGCAGGCAUGCUCUGCAGAACUACCACUGAAUUAUAGUUUAUAAUGUUCGGUUAUAUUUGUAUUUUAGAAUGUGAAUUGUUUGUAAAUCACAUAUGCCUUUUUGUAACGAUUUUAUACUGUACAACAUUUAACACCAUCAUGGCUGAAUUACUUCUCUGGAAUAAUUCACUGGGUUUUCAAAAUGUCAAAAUCAGUCAUUGUGAACCCAUGUUACACAUCUUUGGUGUCCAAUGAUUAAAUGGAGCCGUGGCUUUCUCUGUCCAUGUACAACGCAUGGUGAAUACAAUUAUGAAACAACUCGCCUAGGUGGAUAAGAAAUCUAAUGGAACUGUUUUUCUCGAAGCAUGUGCAGGAGCCACCACAGCACGUUGCUGCUUGUGCUACUAGGAUAUUCGAAUGUACCAAAGUAUUUUUGUCUCACAGAUUUCCCCUUCAAGAUGCACAUUGCAUCACUUCUGUCUAGAUAAAAUAAACAUAUUUUUCAUUUGA